AUGGACGCCACUCAGCCGCUCAUUGACGUCUCUCGGCGUCCACGCGGUCGUCCUCCAUCACGGUCCUGGGCAUAUUUUACGUCAUUGGUGGAGCCUCAGAAACUUUUUUCUGCCGAGUGCCGUCAUUGCAAUCAAUUAGUGCAAUAUCAUAAGAAAUGGGCACAAGCGCGUGCUCAUUUAAUGAAAUGUGCUCCAUUUUUGCGGCUUAUUGAAACAUUAUCUCCAAGUGAUGUACCACCAUGGUAUUUGGCUGAAUUAAAUCGACGACAGUCAAAUUAUGUACCAUCUCGAGUUACUUCAGGUUACACUUUGAAUCAAAUGGUACCAUCAACAGUGGCAAGUGGCACCUCAUUUAAAAUGAUUCAUCCUGUGGCAAUGCCACUAUCCGAUACACAAAAAUGUGGGACAAAGUAUGAUUGGGUUAAAGUGAAUGAAAACAUCGCAAUGCACUUAUUUACGACCAUAGAAGUGGAUAAAUUGCUAAAUGGUACUCUUGAGUUGUCUUAUUUGUCACAAGCUUUUCAAGUGAAUGGUACGGAAGUGGCACUUUGUACCAAAGAGACAUUAAUGACGGAAUUACUUGAUCAAUGUUAUGAACGUGUGAAGAAUCAAGUGCUUCACUUUCUUCAAAGUGGAUUAGUACCUGCAACGUUAUCGCUUGAGUUUCAUGAAGAGAAAGAACGUUUAAUUUGUAUGGCAACAUUAGCUAGUUCUCCAAUGUACCCCUUAUACGUCGAUUUUGCUCAUGUACCAAAUGCUGGUACAAAUAUGGCACUUUUUGUUCAUCAUGUGGUACAACUUAUUGAAUCCAUUUCCUGUCCAAUUGCUGGUUGUAUUAUGCCGUUAACUAUGGAAAGAAAAACAUUACUCAAGCAAUUUCAACUUCAAUUUCCUACCAUGUAUUUCCAUGGAUGUAUGCGGUAUGCAUUCUAUUCAUUACUACAAACUUUUUUUAUUGGAUCACGUACCACAAGUGUACCCUUUCUGGAAGAAUUGCAACAAUUUGCAUUACAAUGUUACGAUUUGCUUGAUUUUGUACCCCACGAGAAAUUAAAAGUCAUUUCUAACGAAUUGGAAAUUUAUCCAUGUGAAGUGGUCCACAUUACAAUCCGACGUCGAAUCUCAUUAACACAAGCGUAUCUUUCACUUCUUCAAGCUGAAAUUUUUCAAACGCUUUCAAUUGAAAAUUUCACUUGUUCUCCUUCGAAACAAAAACAAGUUUUUCAACUUGUUCAUCAUCCAUCGUUUGUUGAAAAACUCGACAAAUAUUUGGCAAUAUUUCAACCAUUUCACGCACUUUUAACAACUUUUACACCUGGAACAAAAUCUUCAAUCGCAAUUUCCGAAGUUUUCCUGUCAUUUCAAACAUUAAUUUCAACAAUUGAAGCAAAUCAAGUCUUGACAUCACUUGAAAAGAUCUCAAUUGUCACAUUGAUACGAGAACAAGAGACUUUAGUACUUGGUUCAGCUCAUCGCAUUGCGUAUCUUUUAGAUCCUCGAUAUCUUGGUCAAAACUUUUCAACUGAAGAAAAAGUCCAAGUCGAACAUGAACUUUUGACAUUUGGAACAAAAGAUCAGGAAGAUGAAACACUUUGUGCGGAAUAUACUGCAUUUUGUCAAAGUAUGAAGAAUCCAAAACGAAAAGAGAUCACACCAUUGGAUUUUUGGAUUCUUGAAGGAUCGAAAUGGCCAACGUUACAAGCUCUAGCAUGUCGAAUCUUUGUCAUGCCUGUUUCUUGUGCACGAGAAGGAGCUUUGUUACAUGCUUUAGAUGCACCAAAAGAUCGAGAAACACGGGAGAAAGUGACGUUUACCAUCAACGGAAGCGAAAGAUCAGGAAAUUACUGCAUCCAUGAAAGUUUGGACUCCCGUUUGACAAAACGAUUCAAGCGCUUUCUUAAGUCAUUUCAGAGUAAACACUCGACUCGAGAGAUCAAUCACGAAGAUAUUAACACAUCGUCGACGUUUUUAUUCCAUGCAUCGACAUCAACUACGUUGAGUACAGCAGAGCUUGAAGCACGUUUAGAGACAUCCGGAACACUUUCAAGCGCUACGUCUUUGACUUCGACAUUUUCUACUACUGAUUCAAAGAUUAAAACGAGUGAUCAUGAGUGGGAACGAUUACUUUUAAAAAUUCCUCAACUCGUUGCUGAGUGUACGAAAGCUAAUGUUGAGAAUUCGAUUGAAACAUUUCAAGCUCUUUUCAAAUUACUACAACAAAUGGCUGGUCGCGAGAAUCAACAACGAAUUCAAGAAUUUUAUGCUGCGAAUGCUUCAUCUCGAAAAGUCUUUCGACAAUGUCGUCGUACACUUUUACUUGUUUGGAAAUACAUGAUCGUACAACUUCAUUCAAACGAUUCAACUAUUUCAAUUGACUUACGAAAUCUAUACUUUCAAUUGAUUGGAAUGAUCGUUGAACGUGUGGAAUUUCACUUACUUUCGAACGAUGUUUCAAUCAAUAAAACUCCGAAAGCGAAUGGACCAAAAUCCUUUUCAUUCAAUGGUCCAAAACGUGACAAUGAAAACAUUAAAAUGAAUUACAAAAGCAUGGAAUCUUUUGAUGAGACAAUAGAACGUGAACGUGAUUUCGACAUGUAUCGAUUCUUGCUCAUUGCUACAUUUCAAUACGCAGCCACUACGCUUGACAUUGUACGACAAAAACGUCGAUCGUACAUUUCAUUAGCUGAAACACGAUUCUUCGCACGUGUCUUUGCUGUAUGUUUCUUUCGAGUGCCAGUUCUUCAAUCUGCCAUGUUAGAAGAAAUUUCAAAAGCAUAUCAUGACAAACAAUGGCUUGCAGAGAAUGAAAGUGUUACACAAAGUGGACGAUCAAUCUGUACACAGACAUUUGUCAAGUCUUUAGAACGUUGGUUUGAAAUCCUUAUGAAAAAUGUCGAGAAUCAACGUACAAAUGAACAAACUCAAGAUGAAGAUACGUUCAUUCAUUCCAAUCCAACGUUAUUUCAAUGGACUCGAUAUGCACCCUAUUUAAAAGAAUGUCCAGACUCAAAUAUUUUCUCAACUCAACAUGGAAUUCCAUCCUGGCUAUUCAAACUUACUCACGAUGGUGAAUUUUUUUCGAAAUUUAUGGGAUUUCUAUGUCUUCAUAUAGCUCAUACAGCACUUGAUUCCAAGAUUUUAUGGACUUGUUUACCUGGCUACACGCUCUUACUUCGUGUGUCGCUAUUAGUACUCAAAGAAGCAUGUUGGGCAAAGUAUUUGUACGUACGUGAUACUUGUGGUCCUCUUCCUUCAUCAUCUAUAGAACUUGAACUUCCAAGUCAAGAAACAGCAAUUCCAUUUGAACUUGCAUCGAUUCGUGCCAUUCGUACCGUUUUAGAUAAUGUCAUUCAACUCUUACGAAAUCCUGAUCUUCUUGACAUUUGUAUCCUUGCAAUGUAUGAAUGUACAAAUGUCUUGCAUGCACGAAGUGUCGAUGUGUGUUUAACACGAUUUGAAGAAUGGUUUUGUGCGAGUGCCAUGUUACUUGAUUGUUCUCCAUCUCAAGCAAAACAUCAAAUUGUUUAUCGUUUACCUCCAACGUUUCAAGGCAUCACAUUUGCAGCAGGAAUUCGUGUCAUGCUUUCAAGUGAUCAUCAUGAAAUUCUUGGACGUACUUUACUUUUUUUAUACCAUCAAAUGGAUUAUUUUGAUGGCUUAGUACGACAAAAUAUUCUCAAAGCUCUUGUUCAACGUCAUAUGACUCUGUUUCUUCAUUGGAAUGAGGAUGUACGUACGAAAUAUCAUCAUUUACUUGUUUAUCGAUGUGUACGAGCAAAUCGAAUUGUUUUGGAAUCACCAAUUGAUCAUUUCUUACUUGGUAAGAAUGUACUUGAACCAUCAACUUUAUAUAUGAAUAUAACAGCAACAGACGUUCAUGAAUUGAAUACAGAACAAGCUCUUUGGCGUGCAUUUGAUGCAUGUUUUGCUGUUAUUCUCCAUCAUGAACGUCGUGAAGCUCAUUCAAGAACUCGAAAGUUUCAAUUGGAAUCCAUUGCAGCUCAAAAUCGUGCACAUGCAUUUCGUACAUUAAAUCGCAAGACACUUGAUGAUCAAACCGAUGGAUUGAAUGAAGGAUUACCAGGUGGAAAACCUUGGAUUGAACUUGAAGAACUUGACGAAGCUUUAGAACGAAAAUUACCAUAUUAUCUACGAUAUUUACCAAGUGAAGAAGUAGCGAUUUUAGAUAAUUUACGUCAUCUUGCAGCAUCUGUCAAGUAUCCUGAAUUUCAUCAUCAAUGGUAG